AUGGCAAAUCAAUUUAUUGAAUAUACAUCCUAAGAAUUUUUGCAAUUGCAUUCAUACCUUCUAAAUACAAAUAACAAUACCUUAGAAUUAGAAAAAACUGUAAUUAUCAAUCAUUAUCUAAAGUUCAAAGAAAUUGAAAAAGCUUGUACUACUUUUUCAACAUCUUUAAAGAAAAUUGCGGAAAGACUCCACGAAUUUGUAAGUAAAGGUACUGGUGAUGAUGAUAAUAUUGAAUGUGUUUACUAAUAUUUGAGCAACUUUUUACUUUAGAAUUCUUAAUAGUGGCAACAAACAAGUGAAAAUUUAAAAAGCGAAGUUUAUUUAUUUUUUAUAUUGACUUUAGGUUCUUGAACCCUAUUAGUUAAUAAUGAGCAAUUAUAGAAAUAUAAACUUAAAAUUAUCUUCAGAAAUGAAAGAUUAUAUAGGAACCAUCUAAUCAUUUAAUAAACAAAUUUCAGAUUAGUAAGACGAAUAUAUACGUUUAAUGCAAAAUGCUGAUAAAUGUUAAUUAUUAAUGGAAAGAACAGUUGGUGAAAUAGCUAAAGGAAAUAAAGGUAAGGAUGAAUUAGUGAAAGCUUCAGAAAGAUAAAUCAAAUUAAAAGAAAUAGCAAUAGAAGCAUAAGAAGAUUAUAAAAAGAUUAUAGAGAAAGGAAAUAAGAAACUUACAGAUUUUGAUGUUAAGAUUAAAGAUUGGUAUUAGUAAAUAUUUUUGAAUGAUGAAAAUAGGUAUAUAUAUUUAUUUAAAGUAGAAUUAAAUUUUCUAAAUAAAUUAUGUUAUCAUUAAUGAAAAAAUUAACAAAUGAAACUGUUUAUUCUAUAUACUAAGAUAAAUUAAAUUAAUUAGAAUUAAGAGUAAUUUAAAAACAACCAUUGGAUCUCUAGCAUUAGAUUUAAAGAUUACUUAAGAAGAGUGGAAGUAAAUAAUCUUUAUCAUAUUGUAAGCUGAUACAGUUUAAUUUUCUCUAUUUGAUUAAAUAAAUUAUGAUUAAAUUAAGAGAGGAGAGUAUAAAAAAGGACUUUAAUAUAUUGGAAGUGAAUGGACUUUAAUUGGUGAAUAAGUGACUGAAGAAUAAGCUACAAAGAUUAUGUAAUUUAUUAAUGAUCUAAUGGAAAAUUAAGAAACUUCAGAUGAUAGUGUAAAUAAUUCAAGAAAUAGGUCAUUUUCUACAUCUUCAACUAAAUCAAAUUAAUUUAUAUCUCAUGAAUAUUUAGGAGUUAAAUAAUUAAUGACUAAAUAAUCAGCUAGAUCAUUAUUAAUUAAUUUAAUAUAAAAAGAAAUAGAAAAGAGAAAAGUUAAAUAAUUAAAUUUAUCUGAAGAUUCAUUUAAUGAAAUUAGUGCUAUUUUUAAACAUGUUUUUUUAAUUUUGGAUGCUGAAUUUGAUGUAGAGGAAUUCUAUAUGUUUUUACAACUGUCAUAUAAAAUUGUUAAAGGAGAUAACUCUCAUCUUAUUUCAAGUUUUUCUAAAUUAGAUAUUUGGUAAAAUAAAUAAAAAUGGAAAUCUUUAUAUGAACACAUUAAAUCAACUAAGUUUUAAUAAAAACAAAUUUUAGAUUAAUAGUUUAAUAUAGUUAAAAAAGGAUAUGGAUUGAUUAGUAAAGGAUUGAAAAAAAUAACAGGUGCAGUUUAAGGAUAGUAAUAUUCAGAAAAAGAAAAAUAUUAAUAACAGAAAUAUAUUGUUUUACAUGAGAUAGCUACAUUCCUUAGUGAAUUGAAUGUCUCACCUUAAUUAGGUUCAGAUGUAAUUUUAGAACUUGCAUUUCAUUCUGAUAUUAAAUUAGAAAAAGUUUAAUUAGAAAAAUUAUUACAGAUUUUGGAAGAAAAGAAUGCAAUCUCAUUUAAUUUAAAAUAUUCUUCUGGUUUAGGAAUAAAAUAAAGAAAGGAAGAAAAAUAUAGAAGACAUGGAUUAAAUAAUAAUUAAUCAAGACUUAUUUAUACAAUCAGAUUAUCUAUUAAAUAUUUAUCAUAUUAAGAUAAACCAUACUAAUUAUUGCUAGUAUCUAAAGCCUUUAAAUUUCAUUUAAGAUUUGCUAUUGAAAAAUAUUAUAUUAUUCAUAAUAGUGUACCAUGUAUGGAAUAAAACUAGUAUUAUAGAGCAUAAAAUCUGAAAGUUUAUUUAAGAACGGAUCAAAAUCAUAUGGAUUAUGCUUUAAAAAAAUCAGAGGCUUAAUAAGAGAUAUAAUAAUAUGAAGAAAUUAUAACUAUGGAUGUUUAAAGAUCUUUACAAUUACAUUUUGAAAAGGUUCCUUCUAGUAAAUUAUAAUCAUUUUUAAGAACAUACGCAUUUCAUAAUAAGGAAGUAGGAUAUUGUUAAGGAAUGAAUUACGUUGUUGGAUAUUUAUAUUUGACAUUUGAAGAUGAAGAAGUUACAUACAUAGUAUUUGAUUAUAUUAUGAGAAACUAUUUUUCUUAAUAUUUUGAAAAUGAAUUUGAAAUGCUGGUAUUUAUUAAUUAAUUUUAUUUUAUUAUAGAAAAAGGUAUUUUAUUAAUAUGAGAGAUUGUUAUUCUUAUUUUUACCAAAUUUAUAUCAUCACUUUAAAAAAGUAAAGAUUAUUAAUUAUUCAAGUAAAAAGUUGACGCAUCUUAUUAUUUAACUGCUUGGUUUAUCACUUUGUUCAGCUAAGUCUAUUAGUUUACAUUAUAAUCAGCAUUACUAAAUAUUAUUUGGGAUAUAUUUAUUAUUUAAUAAUGGAAAGGUAAUAAUAAUAAUAUAAUAUUAUAAAUAGGAUUUUAUAAAUGUGUUUUAUUUUUGUUAUAUUUCUACUAAAAAGAAUUAUUGUACUUAGAAUUUGAUUAGAUACUACAUUUUUUGAGUGAGAUCAUAAAAAAUGAAUUAUUUUGUCUUAAAACUGAAUAAUAAGUCUAAGAAUAUGUUUGUACAAAGUUAAAAAUUGCAUCAAGACCUUUAAAGUAGAUAAUUACAAAUUAGUUUAAAGUUACAAAUAAUCUUUUACAGUAAUUGGAAUAGGAAUUUAAUUGUUUUUCAACAAAUUUCGAUUCAUAGUUAAAAUAAUUCAAAUAUAAAUGA